AUGGCCUUCACAGACCUGCUGGACGCCCUGGGCGGCGUGGGCUGCUUCCAGCUCGUCUACACCGCCCUGCUGCUGCUGCCCUGCGCCCUGCUGGCCUGCCACACCUUCCUGCAGAACUUCACCGCCGCGGCGCCCCCCCACCACUGCCAGCGCCCCCCCAACCGCACGGAGGCCGCCACCAACGCCUCGGCGGCCUGGCUGAGGGUCACCGUCCCCCUGGACCGGCACGGGGUCCCCGCGCCCUGUGAGCGCUUCAGGGAGCCUCAGUGGGCCCUGCUGAGCCCCAACACCUCUGUGCGGGGGGCGGCCACGGAGCCCUGCGAGGAUGGCUGGGUCUUCGACCGCAGCGUUUUCCCGUCCACCAUCGUGAUGGAGUGGGAGCUGGUGUGCGAGGCCCGCGCCCUCCCCGACCUGGCGCAGUCCGUCUACAUGGCCGGAGUGCUGGUGGGGGCCGCCGUCUUUGGCAGCCUGGCAGACAGGCUGGGCCGCAAGGCCCCCCUCAUCUGGUCAUACCUGCAGCUGGCCGUUUCGGGGGCCGCCACGGCGUACGUGGACUCCUUCAGCGCUUACUGCGUCUCUCGAUUCCUCAUGGGCAUGACCUUCUCCGGCAUCAUCCUCAACUCCCUCUCCCUGGUGGUGGAGUGGAUGCCCACGCGGGGCCGGACCGUGGCGGGCAUCUUGCUGGGCUACUCCUUCACCGUGGGCCAGCUCAUCCUGGCGGGCGUGGCCUACCUGAUCCGCCCCUGGCGGUGGCUGCAGUUGGCGGUCUCCGCUCCUUUCGUGGUCUUUUUCCUCUGCUCUUGGUGGCUUCCGGAGUCUUCCCGGUGGCUCCUUCUUCGGGGCAGGUCCCAGCAGGCCCUGCGGAACUUGCGGAAGGUGGCGGCGAUGAAUGGCCGACGGGAGGAAGGGGACCGGCUGACCGCGGAGGUGGUGAGCUCCUACAUCCACAGUGAGUUUGCAAAUGUGCGCACCUCCAGCUCCAUCUUGGAUCUCUUCCGAACGCCGGCCAUCCGUAAGGUCACGUGCUGUCUCAUGAUGGUGUGGUUUUCCAACUCGGUGGCUUACUACGGCGUGGCCAUGGACCUGCAGAAGUUCGGGCUGAACAUCUACCUGGUCCAGGCUCUGUUUGGCCUCAUUGACAUCCCCGCCAUGCUGGUGGCCACCACCACCAUGCUUUACGUGGGCCGCCGGGCCACCGUGGCCUCCUUCCUCUUUCUGGCUGGGCUCAUGGUCAUCGCCAACAUGUUUGUGCCAGAAGACAUGCAGACCUUGCGCACUGCCCAGGCGGCCCUGGGCAAAGGCUGCCUGGCCAGCUCCUUCAUCUGCAUCUACCUGUUCACAGGAGAGCUGUACCCCACGGAGAUCAGGCAGAUGGGGAUGGGCUUCGCCUCGGUCAACGCGCGUGUCGGGGGCCUGGCAGCACCGCUGAUCACCACGCUGGGGGAGUUCAACCCAAUCCUGCCGCCUAUGGCCUUCGGCGCCACCUCCGUGCUGGCUGGGCUGGCCGUCACCUGCUUCCUGACGGAGACCCGCAAUGUACCCCUGGCGGAGACGAUCGCUGCGAUGGAGAGAAGAGCCAAAGAGGGCCAGGACCCUUCCAAGAAAGAUGCAGAAGAAAAGAUAGAAGAAAUUUCUCUUCAGCAGCUGGGAGCGUCUCACCUCAAGGAAACCAUCUAAACUGCCAGGAAGAGCCAAGCCCUGGCUGGCAGCGGCUCAGCCAGUGCCCAGCCCUCCCGCCCGGAGUUUCUCCUGGGGAUACUGGGCGAGGCUGGCACUCCACUCCACACAACGUCAGCCAAAGGACAUGGCCACCGCUGAGACUCCAGACAAAUGCCCAGUACUGCAUUACAAAUAUACAGAA